AGGCGGCUAGAGAGAUACAGAAAGAACAGUUCACAGAGAAAGGUUCACAUUCUCCCAUCGGAGACAUUUCGGAAAUGAAAGCGCUGUGGGUGGAGGCGCCCGGCGACCCCGGGAGACUCCCCGGGAAAGCCUGGCCGGCUGAGAAUCCGUGCCCAGGUCCCUGGCCACUCCCGCAGGAGGGAGCCUGGCUCUGCGCUCAGCCGCGAGCGGUGUGGUUUGGACGCGGUAGGUCCCAGCGCGGUGGUGUCGGUGGUGCAGGAUUGAUUCUGUGACUUGUGUUGUAUUGGUAUGGGGCAUGUGGGCUUCCGUGGAGGAGAAAAGGGCCGUGUGUGUUUGACACGGAAAAUCCAAACUUUCCUUCAUCCAAGUGUGGUGAUUGUGAAGGGCUGUGUAGCAGCAUAUUGAUGUUUUAGGCUUGCACGAGAACCCAGGAAAGAAUACAAUAUGAAAAUCAAAAGGAAGCACAGUUAGGGAACCAGCGGUGUCUGGACUGCAAAGCCGCUGGGCACGGAGCUCAGACCGCUUAGUCUUGGCCCCUCAGGCGCCCGAUUUCACCCCCCCAGCCGGGCCUUGGGGUGGGAGGGGAAGUGCUGGGCGGGAGACUCAGAUUCCUGAAGUAGCUGGUGGGGUGAGGCCGGCUGGCUGAGCUGAGGCAAGGACUAAGGCGUGGGGCGAGGUGGUUUUGGGGGAGAUAAUCUAGGGCGAGGAGAAGCAGAGAUGUGGUUUAGACUUAGUUUGGUUUACACCAAUAGGUUGUUGAUGUUUCUUUCUUAAGACCAGACACGGGGCGGUGAGCCUCAGGCCUCUGAUUGCCCCGGAAUGCCGGGUCUGUGUGUGGUGCACGCGCGUGUGGGUGUGUGCGCGCAGGAGUGUUGGCCGUCUCAGUCCUGAGUUGGGAGGAGAGGGAGAUGGCAGCCACUUGUGGCACAGGAGGGGCGUCCCUGGGGGCCCAGGUAGAUGCCCUAGGUACAGGCCUGGCCUGGGCUCCCAGAAACCCACCUCAGUUCCACAGCAAGCGAAGUUAUUCGCCAGCACCCACGGCACGGGGGCCUAUUCUCCAAGGGAAAUUCCCCAAACCCACUCAGACUAAUGGUCUUUUUCUCCUGCAGUCUUGCCUGGUUAUAAAUGGCCCCUUAGACAGUUUGCUCUGACCCAAAUUAUGCGGUUUGCUGCCAUCUACCGACCGUUCGGAGACAGACGCGCGACUUGGGUGCCGCAAGCCGGGCAACACAGCCCAGCCGCGCCCGACGCCUGCAGCCCCGGCCGGCGGCGCGGGUAGAAGGAGUUGGGGGAUUUCGGGGCCACCCCACGCCCUCCGGUCCAUGUGGCUUCUCGGGCGGAUUAGGGAACAAAACAAAUCUCUCCCCUCAGGGUCCGCAACUCCUUUCCCCUCUCCUCUCAAAUCCACCCCAGCCCCAAACCCGGUGGCUGGCAGAGGAAGCGAUUUCUUUUAGGACUAAUACUGCAACCCGCGGACAGGGGUCACCGAGCCACAGGACUGGGGGAUCAGAGCCGCGACGCCCCCCCAACACACACCCAAGGCUCGGGCGCGGCCGGGCCGCUGGAGCCCGGGCUGCUCAAGGUUUAUUUGGUUUCUGCGCAGCCAAGGGAGGGGCCGCGCGGUUCCACUCGGUUGUGAAAAGACAAACCGAGUCUGUGUUCUUGCAGUUGGCCGGCGGCGGGUCUCGCCAGCUCCCUAGCUGGUGGGUCCGAGGUGGAGGCUUUGAACCGAGUUUUUCUGGAAACUGUCGGUGUCUGCAGCUCGCAUUGAAUCGGCCCUAACGAUUCUCGGAUCGUCAUUAUUUGUAACCAUAGAGCAUGAAUUACCUCUUGAGGUCAUCAGCGAGAAUUUACGACUGGUCAACAAAAGCACGUGAUUCCCUAACGCCCCCCAUCCCCCUUCCAACCUGCCCCCCCCAUAUUUGGCCGCAUACAUAGCAAAACGAAGUACAGUGCAUCGCUAUAAUUCAUUAAUACAUCAUAAAUCGUGAAGCACAGGGUUAUAACGACCACGAUCCACAAAUCAAGCCCUCCAAAAUCACCCAAAUGAGCUCGUACUUUGUAAACUCCUUCUCGGGGCGUUAUCCAAAUGGCCCGGACUAUCAGUUGCUAAAUUAUGGCAGUGGCAGCUCUCUGAGCGGCUCUUACAGGGAUCCCGCGGCCAUGCACACCGGCUCCUACGGCUACAAUUACAAUGGGAUGGACCUCAGCGUCAACCGCUCCUCCUCGGCCUCCUCCGGCCACUUUGGGGCGGUGGGCGAGAGCUCGCGCGCCUUCCCCGCGCCCGCCCAGGAGCCCCGCUUCAGGCAGGCGGCGUCGAGCUGCUCCCUGUCCUCGCCCGAGUCCCUGCCCUGCACCAACGGCGACAGCCACGGCACCAAGCCCUCCGCCUCGUCCCCCUCCGACCAGGCGACCCCGGCCAGCUCCGGCGCCAAUUUCACCGAGAUAGACGAGGCCAGCGCGUCCUCGGAGCCCGAGGAAGCCUCCAGCCAGCUCGGCAGCCCCAGCUUGGCGCGGGCGCAGCCGGAGCCCAUGGCCACCUCCACGGCCGCGCCCGAGGGCCAGGCUCCGCAGAUAUUCCCGUGGAUGCGGAAGCUUCACAUCAGCCAUGAUAUGACCGGGCCGGAUGGGAAGAGGGCCCGGACCGCGUACACGCGCUACCAGACGCUGGAGCUGGAGAAGGAAUUCCACUUCAACCGCUACCUGACCCGGCGGAGGCGCAUCGAGAUCGCGCACGCCCUGUGCCUGUCGGAGCGCCAGAUCAAGAUCUGGUUCCAGAACCGGCGCAUGAAGUGGAAGAAAGACAACAAACUGAAAAGUAUGAGCCUGGCCACCGCGGGCAGCGCCUUCCAGCCCUGAGCCCUGAGCCCGCCCGCCCACAGGAGCCCUGGGCGGCCCAAGAGCCCGCGCCACCCCAUCCCCGGCCCCUCCGACCCUCUGCGCUGCCGCCGCCCGCUGGGGACCGGUUCCCACGAGCCUGCCUCGCCCGGCCUUGUGUUCUGAGUUUUCCUUUGGUCUUAGGUCUUCCUGUGGCUCCCUCUCUCUUGGACUGGUUGUUACUAUUGUUAAUAAUAAUAAUGAUAAUAAUAAUAAUACUUAUUAUUUUCCCUCCAGACCCCCACGCCCCUCUGCUCGCCCCAAAUCCGCCAGUGUUUCUGAAUGUUCGUGUCUGUGGUUGCACUCUUUUCCCCCAGGAAGAAGAAGAGAAGAAGAAAAAAAAAAGAAAUUCGCAUGUUUAAUGUGAACUUUCCCCUCCCCAUCUGUGUCCUAACUUAUUUAUACAAGGGUGAUGGCUGCAUUUUGAGUUUCAGCUGGAGACUUCUCUAAGGGCAGCAGUUGAGUGGGGUAGCUUCGCAGCGCCGGCCCAGCCGAGCUGGCCUCUGAGAUGGAGUCCAUGACUGUGUCUUUUCCCACCAGCUCCUGCUCGCCUCCUCAUCGCCAGGCCCAAGUCUCCCAGGGCCUUGGUCCUGGGGUGGGAAGGGGCCAAGGAGGACCCACAGGGGUGAUGUGGACGAGAGGGGAGGAAAAUAGUGAGAUUUCAGUCCCUGCUGCCUGAUAGGCCCCACAAGGCCUGGUCUGGGGUAGACAGAAACAGAAGAAAUAAUCCUCUGUGUAAAAUGUCUCCCGUGUAUUUCUCUGUGGACCCACGGGUCUGGCUGGAAGGCCCAACGCUUGUAAAUAUGGGGGUAGCCUAGGUCAGACCCAGCUCUUUCUGCCUAAGUCAUUUCGAGACCAUUUAUAGUGAGCAGCGAGUGGAUGCCGUGCCGUGUGUUAAAUCUGUCUUUGCCAGGCCUGUCUCAGUGAUUCGCUUUUGGUAUUUGUUUGUAGCUUUCCUUAAAGUCAAAUAAAUGUUUCCCCGACUCCCUGGCCC